AGUAGCGAAUACAACACCGGCUCCCGAAUACAACACCUGCGCGCCUCCAACAAACACACGCACACAUACACACACUUGUUGCAGCAGCAGCAGCAUACAGACGUAGAGAGUGCGAGAUAACGGAGGAGGAGAAUUAAAAGUGCCUAAGAAGUCAUCAUCUGCUGCUAUCAGCGUUCGUUCGUUUGCCCCCAGCGUACUUACACAACUUGGAAAAAUGGUCAAGGAGAAACCCAACUCAACGCGCAUCUACGACAAGGAUGGCUUCAGGCGACGGGCUGCCUGCAUUUGCGUAAGGGCCGAAAACGAGGCAGAGGUCCUUUUGGUCACCUCUUCUAGGCGUCCAGAGCUUUGGAUCGUUCCAGGUGGUGGCGUGGAGCCCGAGGAAGAGCCCUCUGUGACAGCUGUACGCGAAGUGCUCGAAGAGGCCGGCGUUGUUGGCAGUCUAGGUCGUUGUCUGGGCGUUUUCGAGAAUAACGAUCAUAUGCAUCGGACUGAAGUGUUUGUCAUGAAUGUAACCAAGGAGCUGGAGGAGUGGGAGGACUCGCGCAGCAUUGGGCGCAAGCGGCAGUGGUUCACCAUCGAGGAUGCCUUGUCCCGGCUGGCGUUGCACAAACCAACGCAGCAGCACUACCUGAUGCAGUUGCAGCACUCGAAGACGCGGGACAACACGAAUCGUGUGGUGAAUGCCACGCAUCCGCCCAAGUUGACCAAUGUGGCCUCAUCACCAGCUGCAUCGCCAACAACGGCAUGAACACCACGUACUACACACAUAUACCCAAAAAAACACACACACACGCAACAUCCAAUCGCGUCAAAUCUAUUCUAAACUAUUCUUCAAAACCCCUCGCACAUUUUGACAUUUUUGGAAGUUUACAAAUAGACAGGCAGUUUAUAGUUUAUGUUGAUUAAGCAAUAUGUUAUCCACCACCCAUGCACCUUUACACUUACACCCUCCCAUACACAGCCUCCUAUCCGCCUUUCCUUGAGCCUUGUUUAAGUCAAGCAUUCAUUUAUGUCUUUAGUAAUUUGUAAUCGAACUAAAUUUACUUGAUUGUACUCUCCAAAAGGGAGAGAGAAAGAGUUAGGAGAGUGAGUUCGUGGAUGAGUAAAAAACAUCUAAAUAAUUAAAUGUAAUUCAAGAUCUAUAACUAACAAAAAAAACACACAAAAAACCAGAAAAUAUAAUAAUUUUUGAGCGAAUAGCACUUUUUGCAAAAACUAAAAAAAAAACUAGAGAAAAACUAAAACAAGAAGAAAGCAAAACAAAAUAUCUAUUAGAUUUUUCUACUCCUUUUUAUAAUUUACUCAAAAAUUGAUGGCAUAUUCUUAAUUGAUUCAAAUACCAAUUGGAAAUGCUACAACUUGAUUAACUGAUGAUUAAACAAUUAUGCUAAGCGGUCGAAACCAUACACAAUAAAACAAAAACCAAU